GAAAUUACACGCUAGGCCGAAUCGGGGUCAGUGUGCUUUAAAUUAUUUGCGAUGUGCAAAACCCACACAAAACCAAGCAACGUCGUCAAAGACCAGCGAACGAACGAGUGAGACACUUGAACCGCAGAAUCCACACGCUUUACUCUUAACUCUUAACACUUAUCUAGUAGCUGUCGUCGUCGCAAAUAUGGCGGAAAAAGAUGCAGCGCUCAAGGUGGUCCAGGUGGAGGCACUGGUUGUCAUGAAAAUCAUCAAACAUAGCUCCCAGGCUUUCCCUACUAUCGCGACCGGAUCACUUGUCGGCAUGGAUGUGCGGGGCGCCCUGCAAGUCACCAACUGCUUCCCCUUCCCAAUUGUGGAGAUCCCAACCGAGUCUCAUUUCGAUAAUGCUUCCCAAAAUUCGGCUGCUGUUGCUCCGCGCGCAAAGGCGAACACAGUUUAUCAAGCGGAAAUGAUCAAAAUGCUGCGGGAAGUGAACAUAGAUGCCAACAAUGUCGGAUGGUACACAAGUGCGAACAUGGGGAACUUCGUCAAUCUGAACGUUAUCGAGAAUCAGUAUUACUAUCAGAAAGAACUGAAUGAACGAACGGUGGCAUUAGUCCACGACAUCAGCCGUAGUUCUCAGGGCACUUUGGCCCUCAGAGCUUUUAGGCUAUCACCUCAGUUUAUGCUCGCAUUCAAGGAGAACAAAUUCACCAGCGAACAACUCCAGAAAUCGAACCUUCGAUACCAAGACAUCUUCGUCGAGCUCCCCGUUCAAAUUCACAAUUCCCACCUUCUCACAUCCUACCUCCACCAACUUCCAACGCCCACUCCUUCGGAACCCUUGGAUUUCCCACAAUCCCUUGAGGCUCUGACCUCUGGACCUUACACGUCGUCUUCGCUGUUAUCUCCCAACUUCGACAGCCUCUCUCUAAGCAUUGACCCAUUCUUGGAGAAGAACUGCGACCUGCUGCUCGAAAGCAUUGAAACUCACCACACUGAAAACAACAACUUCCAAUUCUACCAGCGAUCGCUUGCCCGCGAGCAAGCCAAGAUUACACAGUGGCAGGCCAAACGCAAGGCCGAGAACGCCACGCGUGCGCAGCUGAAGCAGCCCCUUCUGCCAGAGGAUGAGUGGCAACGACUGUUCAAACUUCCCCAGGAACCCAGCAGAUUAGAGACAUUGCUAAAUACUAGGCAAGUGGAGCAAUAUUCACGCCAAAUCGACAGCUUCGUGGCUGCGACGACAGGGAAGAUGUUCGCUGUCAAAGGCAAUCUGCUCCCAGGUGAAUCUCAGGUUUAGGCUUUGUGAACCUACCUUCUUUUUUCCUUGUGACGACCGGAGGAAAUUUUAAUCUACGAAACCUUGUACUUUUCGUGAUUUCGGGGGAGAAAAAAGAUAAAUGCUUUAUGGGUCUUGAAUUGCAUGAUCGUAUGGCGUAGCGGUUGGAACUUUCCUGUGUAUCUAUGCUUUUAGUUUCCCUUGCUCUUUGAGAUGGUUAAUUGUGAGACCUUGUACUUCUUUGAUUCAUCUUUCCUCUAGAUUACCUUAUAUGAUUCUAGUUUUUUAUUCCUUUAUUUUAAUCUCCUUGACUACUACAUGACUAGAUAGAGGUUUCUUGUGAAGUUUGCCGAAUGAUGGAAGAACAAACCUGAGUGUUGUCAAUUGUACAGACAAAAGAAAACUAGUACUGUUGUGAUAUCUACCUGAGACACAGAUUUUAUGGGCUCGAGGAGAAGAAACAAAUAAUGCCAGGAUAAACAUAGGCUCAAUGGCGUAUUUAGACAGUUGAGAUAGAGGUAAAAAAAAAAAAAAAAAA